GUUAACCCAAAAGCUGCAUCAGCACUGCAGAUUGCUUGAAAGACUUGGAACUGCUCUGACACUCCAAAUGUCCUAGAGAGUGGCAGAGGAAAGGGGGAGGGGGGGGGCUUGACAAUUGGCAAUUCAUAUGCAAAACCCGCACCAUAAAUUCCCCUCCCUUCCCCCCCUCCCAAAAAAGUGAGAAGGUGGAAGAGGGAGGAGUGGGGGAGGAGGAGGAGGAGAAGAAGAAGAAAGCCGAAAGAAAGAAAGAAAGAACACCCCCCCCCCCCCGCACUGUUUGGCGGUGGUGGCUGGUGGGGCAUCGUCUCAGCACUUCAUCAGCAGGGGAACUGGCUGAACCGUUCAACCACCAUCCAGCCACCACCGGGACUGCCAGCCCUGGAUCUUCCUUCUGCCGCCACCGCCGCCGCCGCUGCUAGAGAAAUCGGACUUAGCUGGAAAAAACCAGGAGCUUCUCAUCAGCCGGGCGGAGGAGGAGGAAGGGACUCCGAAGGGAUGCUCGGCUGUUUCUGUUCCUCCUUCGGCCCCUUCCUCUUCCCUUUGGUUUAAGGGACCUUCCCGGGAAGAGCUGAGCUCCUGUUUUCAUCCCCCGUUAAAGAUGCACUUUCUGUUGGAGGCUGUCGCGGCGCUGAACGCGUAAGGACCGGGGGGAGACAUGUCUCAGAUGCUGCACAUCGAGAUCCCCAAUUUUGGGAACACCGUGCUGGGCUCCCUGAACGAGCAGAGGCUGCUGGGCCUCUACUGCGAUGUCUCCAUCGUGGUCAAGGGCCAGGCCUUCAAGGCCCACCGGGCGGUGCUGGCCGCCAGCAGUUUGUACUUCCGGGAUCUGUUUAGCGGGAACAGCAAAAGUGCGUUUGAGCUGCCCAGUUCGGUUCCGGCCACUUGCUUCCAACAGAUCCUCUCCUUUUGCUACACGGGCAAGCUGACCAUGGCGGCCAGCGAGCAGCUGGUGGUGAUGUACACAGCCGGCUUCCUGCAGAUCCAGCACAUUGUGGAGAAAGGGACCGACCUCAUGUUCAAAGUCAGUUCGCCCCACUGUGACUCUCAAACGGCCAUGAUCGAAGAGGCCGGCUCGGAGCCCCAGAGCCCGUGCAACCCCGUCCAGAUGGCGUCCAUGCCUUACGUCAUGUCCCCUUCGCUGCCCAUCCCGCUCCUCACCCGGGUCAAGCACGAGAACCUGGAGCAGCAGACGCCGCUGCCAGCCAAGAGGGCCCUGGAGGGGGGCCUGCGAGACACGGCGGCGGGGAGCUCCUCGAGCACCACAGCGGUGAAGCUGUCCCGCGUCUCCUACUACGGGGUGCCCAGCCUCGGCCCGCUCAUCUCCAACAUCCCGCAGGCUCCAUAUGUCCAGGGGGAGCGGACGAGUCCCGGGGCCAGCAGCAUCCCAACCACGGACAGCCCCACGUCCUACCACAACGAAGAGGAUGAGGAAGAUGACGAAGCCUACGACACCAUGACGGAAGAGCAAUACGGGCAGAUGUACAUCAAGUCUACGGGCAGCUACGCAGGGCCUCCAGAGAAGCCGGAGCAAAUUCCCGUGGAGAGCCGCUCCUGCGUCCUCAUCCGGCGCGAUUUGGUAGCUCUUCCGGCGAGCCUGAUUAGCCAGAUCGGUUACCGCUGCCACCCGAAGCUCUACUCGGAAGGCGAUCCUGGAGAGAAACUUGAAUUGGUUGCAGGUUCUGGGGUUUACAUCACCCGAGGGCAGCUCAUGAAUUGCCACCUCUGCGCAGGUGUGAAACACAAAGUCCUCCUUCGACGCCUCCUGGCCACGUUCUUCGACAGGAACACUUUGGCCAACAGCUGCGGAACAGGAAUCCGUUCUUCCACCAGUGACCCCAGCCGGAAACCCCUGGAGAGCCGGGUGCUCAAUGCUGUGAAAUUGUAUUGUCAGAAUUUUGCCCCCAGUUUCAAGGAAAGCGAGAUGAACGUCAUCGCGGCCGACAUGUGCACGAAUGCCCGGCGAGUGCGCAAGCGAUGGCUGCCCAAGAUUAAGUCCAUGCUGCCCGAGGGGAUGGAGAUGUACCGGUCCGUCAUGGGUUCCACCACCGCCAACGUCCUCCUGGACCCCGAAUUCCAGCCUUCCAGCGCUCAGAUGUUUGAACAACGGAUCUAUGCGGAAAGGAGAGGGGAUUCUGGGACGAUUGUGGCCCUCAGAACUAACACCGUCACGGUCGACCAGAGCAACGGGACGGCCCCCUUGUUCGAGCCGAGCGAGGAGGGCGAAGGGGCCAGCUCGGUCAUCCAGGAGUCGGCCGGCCCAGAAGCCAUGGCUUCCGAUACCCAAAGCACCUCACAGCCCUUUGAAGAAGGAUCGGGGUCCCCCGCCCGGCCGGAAACUCCUGCGGGGCGACCGGAAGCGACCUACGGGGCCCCCUUAUGAACCAGACCACCAAGGGUGGGGAGUCGCUCUCUGGAAGGAUCUGUAAUCCUAAAGCUGCUUGCAUGUUCUUAUUAAUUAGAAAAGAAACAAACAAAAAUCAACAACCCCCCAUAUGAUCAAACCAUUUACCUACUGAACUGCUACCGUUGCCUGAGAAAAUUUGAUUUUUUGAGUCUGCUCGUGUUUUUUAGGAUCGACGAAGUUGCCACCAAGGUGGGAAGAGCCCCUUUGUUUCCCAGAUUGGUACAGAAAGGAGUAGCGGGGGUUCCUUUCCUUCCCCCCCCCCCCAAAAAUAAGGAACGAGGCUCUCUUCACCCGCCUACCCACCUCACCGCCGUCCUGUUUAGCAGCAAAGAACCGGCCAUCUGGUCUUGGGAGAAGUUAGCUGUGAUCGUUAUCCUGGUUUGAUUCACUUCAGUUUGACGCAGGUCCUUGGCUCAGAUCUAUCUUGCAUUGUUGAGCAACAUGGAAAAACUCCCUGAACCACCAUUGUAGUAAACGGGGAGCUACGUUCCCCACACUCGUGGACAUAAAAAAAGUUGGGAUAUCUUUCCUCUCCUCUCCUCCAACUUCUCACCCGUUUUCUCCUUGCGUUUUCUUCCCUGGUUCCCGGAGGGCAGGACGAGACCAACCUCAGUCUGGUCCCCUGGCAUGCUUGCAAAGAAAAUGAUGACUGGCUUCCUUUCCCUUUGCGAGGAAGCUCUGGCCCGAAGGCAUUCUGGGUUUGAGGUAGUUUUGAGGUACCUCUGUUUCCUACCUAGAGCAGUUUCAAACUUGGUCACUUUAAGGCUUCCAACUCCCAGGAUUCCCCGGCCAGCACGGAAUUCUGGGAGUUGAAGUCAAUCCGUCUUAAAGCGACCGCCAAGAUUGCAAAGCAUCGGUCUAAAGUCAUUUGGAUCAGGUCCUGCUUAGUUGCUCAGGGCAAAAUGGAGAUUUUGGGGGGUGGGGGUGAUGCAUGGUGGGAACCAUAGGCUUUUUGGCUCUUUCUCCCAGGAAUGGGGGAGCUGCUUCUAACGAAAUGCAUGCCGUUUGGCCACGGAGGUUACUGUAGCUCGCAUGGAUUCCCCCCCCUCACCCCCCCGCCGCUGUGUUUGAAUCUAACUUUACGAGAGAAAUGAAGAGCCUUGGUGGUGCAGCGGACUAAGUGCUGUUAAGUGCUAGCACUUAGCUGCCAGCUGCCUGCAAUUAGCGCGAGUUCAAAUCUCACCAGGCUCAAGGUUGACUCAGCCUUCCAUCCUUUCGAGGUAGGUAAAUUGAGGACCCGGAUUGUGGGGGCAAUAAGCCAGCUUUGUAUAGAACAACGCCGCUUAGGGGGGGCCGAAAGCCCUAAUAAGCAGGUAUAUACAUAAAAGUAUGCAGGCUAUUGCUAUAAUGCAUUGUAAGCUGCCCUGAGUCUACGGAGAAGGGUGGCAUAUAAAUUGGACUAAUAAAAUAAAUUGCUCGCUUUGCGUCGGGGAUUAUGCGCCCUAGGCGAAUAGCCGGCUUCGGAUUUCCCCCCUCCUCCCCCCAGUCCAUUCGGUCAUUCUCCCAAUCUACGACGGGAAGACCUAAUCCUGUUGUGGCGGCUGAGCUUUGCUUUGACAAGGUUGAGGUUGCGAUAGGCAUUACAGCUGCCAGCUGUGGCUGCUUUGCUUGGCAUUGAGCUUCAGGGAGAUGAAAGAAGAGCCUGCCUCCUCUUGGGGAUUUCAAGGACUUUUCAAUUUAUUUUCCUGGCAGCAAUAAGAAAUUAAUUUAAAAAAAACAAAACAAAAACCUGCCCCAGCCCAGCUUACAACGACGAGAUCUCCGCGUGGUCUCCUUUCCCUUCCCCUAACCAAAUCCACCUGCGCUUAGCUUCUUUUGCCGUCGGCCACGGGGCUGAUGGCCCAUCCACCCUGCCCCCCCUCCCCAGUAGCUGUCGUAGCCCCCACCUACCCACCCACCCCUGGUAAAAGUCGCAGGACGGAAGCAAAUACUUGAACGGCUCAGAACAGGAUCCGAAGAGAGCAUCGCGUUGCACAGUUCGAAUAUAUUUUUGUACCAAGCACAAUUUUAUGUACGUCUUUCUUUGGGGGGGCGGGCGAGUCGUUGGGAGGGAGGGGGAAGAGUCAGGCUUUUGACUGUCAAGACGAGAAGGAAAGAGGGAAAAGGAAAAACGAAGAACCUGAAGACAAUGUGAAGAGUUUUAAGGCAGGGUGGGGUGUUCCCAGUCUUUGAAUGGGGAGGCCAGCCACUUGCACUAAAUGACCCCCGAAAUGUGAGGCGGGGGUCCUUGGUGGCCCCCCUCGGAGGCUUUUCUCCUUCCCAGCCAGAAAGGAAAACGGUGAGAACCCCUCCCCUCCAAAAAAAAACUCUUGGCCAUGAAGGACCUCGAAACAAAGGGGGAAAUUAAUCACAAUCUGGUUUUUUUCUCAGUGCCUUAUCCUAUUCCUCCCCAUGGAGAAAAAAAAAAAAGGUUUGAUUUCAAUAGCCUAUCAAAUUCCUUUCUCCAUUCCUCCCCCCACCCCCCAUUCAUUGACCAUGCCCUUCCCCAACCUGGCGCUCCCGUCUUGGGUUGGAUUCCGACCCCCAUGCUUCCCAGCCAGGUGACUCCGGGAAGGGCAUCGGUGCCCGGAAGUUGUUCUCGGACUGUAACGAUGCAUCCUGUGUGAGGCGGGAACGACCCCCCCUCCCCCCGUAGAUUUAACCUAGGAAAAGAGAAAAUACGUAUUUAUGGUAUGUCUGCACCUUUAUUCUGAAUGCUUGACUGUUAGCAAUAUUACCUGUGUAUAUUAUAUUAUAUAUAUAUAUAUAUAUAUAAAUAUUAUAUAUGUAUAUGAAAAGUUAUAUCAAGCACCUUUUUAAAGAAGAGAAGACUGUAAAAAGAAAACUCGGAUGGACUUUAGCGAUGGCCACGAUUGGGAAAUCCUGGUAGGAGCUCGUCCCAUUUUCUGGGAUUUUGCGGGUCUCCGGCGGCCCUUCUCCCCAAUCUGUAGUCUUCACUUCCAUGGGGGCGGACAGGGGAGAGGGGCUGCCCUCCGAAGCCUCCCUUUGGGGUCUACCACAAAGCCCUUGACAAAUUGAAACUUAAGGUUCCAGAAAUUCAUUUUCAUUCCAAAGUCGGUAUUAAGCCAUAUUCUGGACAUUGAUCAUUGGUUUCCUGUUUCUCUUUUUGCUUUAAUUUCUUCAGCGGGAAAUGCUUUAAAUUCUACUCUGAAAUUGCUGUAGAAGCAAUCUGGAAUGUUAAAAUAAAUCAUAUCACACAGCUAAACCAACCUUCCUUCCUUCCUUCCUUCCUUCCUUCCUUCCUUCCUUCCUUCCUUCCUUCCUUCCUUCCUGUUGCCUUCAUCUCCUCCUUUCUCUGCCUCCCUCCCUCUCCCUCCUCCUAUCCCCUCCUCUUUCUUUCUCCUCUGUUCCUUCUUUCUUUCUGAUUUCCUUCUCGCCUGUCCUCAGAUUUGCUCUUAGGGUUUCCAUUCCUCCGUUUCUUUUUCUCUUUCUCCCUGUGUUCUCUCUUUUUAAACGUGUGUCCCCAAAGCAACUUGGCUCCAAAUUGACCUCAAGUUUAAAAUAUCGGGCCCUUCUCUCACCGGCCCCCAACUACAGCCCCAAAUUGUGUUUUUCUGCUGUAUCCCCCCCUUCCCCCCCCCAAUGUGGCCUUAAGAAAGACACCUGUAGAUCAUCCUUAGCUUUACAGGCAUAAAGUUUUAUUUUUCCUGCCUGUUUGCAUCCGAUGCCCUCCGAGUGUAGCCCCAAGGCUGCUGGUUCUGUCACUCAUUUUCUUGGGGCGAAACCUGGCAGCCAUUGGGGCAAGCAGUCUCCCUACUUGCCAGGUGGUCUCAAAGAGAGGAAGAGACCCUUGCAGUUGGGUGGCAGAGAGGGCUCCCAUGACUACAGCAGUUAGCCCCCUGAAAGGCUGCAGAAAACAUGGCAGCUCUCUCCCCUUGGCACCGAUUCCUGCAAUUUCCUUUUGCAGACUUUUUGAUGGCCUGCCCCUCUCUAGAUAAAUUACCCCCCCCUCCAAAACUGGUUGCGUGGAGCCCUCUGCAGGACUGAUGCCAUUCCCAGAUGUAGUUCCAUGUGCCCAGCUAUUGCAGAGAUGGCCGCACCUUUCUCGAGGACAUCUUUGCUGGACAAAAGGCUCAACCCAUCACAUUUCUGCUGUAGCUGCCCGAAAGGCACAAGGACAGAGGGACAUAUUUUGGUCUGUUCUUCCAAGAUGAUGUCUGAGGAUCAGUUCAGCAGUCGUAAUAGUUGCAGUGAAUUUAAGGCUCCUUUUGGGGUCGGGGGUGGUGGUGGGGUAGAUUAAAAAGUUGGGAGGUCCAGAAAUGCAAAAUAUAAAUAAACAAAUUAAAAAGUCUAUAGAGAUUCUCAGUCAUCCAAGUCAUGGUUGUCCCAAAAGGGCUUUUCAAGAGGCACCUGCCACAAAGUCCAAUUGCCUCUUGAAAAACACCUUUGGGAUAAAUAAAAAAAGGGGGGGAAAUCCAUUUAAUGUCCAUAUUCCUAUACUUCCUGCUGUGAAAACCCCUUUUAUCCAAAUUUGCCAAAACCUCUUUUUUGCUAGGAUAGAAGCAACAUUCACUGGUGCUUCGAAACUUCUCCAAACCUUUUAAGGCUCAAAUCUGCUCUCCCCUCCCCCCACCUUUUUUGCACUUUUGCGACCAAAACUGGGAGGGGGAGGGAGGGAAAAAGGGUGGGCGAGGGGGCCAAACCUUGCAAUAUACUAUUUUUUGAGCGUUCCAAAAUUAUUAAAAAAAAAGAACCCAGAAGUUUAUGCGCAAGUUUAACUUGAAUCUUUGGAUGGCACUUGAGUCUCAAAACUGUCAAUCUUGGCAAUUGUCGGAGAAGCAUCUUAAGGGAACAACGAUGUUCAAAGAGUCUGUAUUAAAGUAUCCAAUAGUACUGUAAUUCAUGACUGUUAAUAAUAAAAAAUAAUAAAUAAUAAUUCCAGUGCUUAGAGGGAAGUUUUUGCAGUGCUGCCGAAAAUUACGUUUCAGCCGUGCUAACUCACUUCUUUUCUGUUGGUUGUUUACGUGCCAUUUCUCUCAUAUCUAGCUCAAGACUGUUACGUUAAGCCUUGAUUGGAUGACCUGUUAAACCGUCACUGCAUACAAGUUCUAAAGCAAGGUUUAAAGUCAUCCCUUGGCGGAGCUCUAAUAGGAGUUUCAGAGUUUGGUCAGACCUAUUUCAUACACCGUAAAGGAAAAAAAAAAUUCCAUUAAAAUGUGAUACUGAAUGAGAAAAUGCUUUGUAAAAUUCACAUUUACAAAAUAAUAAAGUAUGUUGAAAAUUA